CUCUAAGAAAGAAAUGGCAUACUCCCUCGUCGCGCACGGUCACACUGCAUACAUCUAGCUAAUUGUGCAAAGAAAAGGUGAAAAAAAGAGAAAAUUUACGGGAUAUCUCAAGAAAAUUCCAACUAAAAUAGUUUUAAAGCACAGCCAACACCCAUAGCAGCAAAAUGACGUGGGCACCACAGGAAGAAGGUCUGCAGCAGAUCAUAGCGAUCCUCAAGGAGUCGCAAUCACCGGACACAGCCACUCAGAUGGCCGUACAGAUGAAACUGGAGGAAUUCAACCGCUAUCCAGACUUCAACAACUAUCUGAUCUAUGUGCUGACCAAACUGAAGACAGAGGACGAACCCACGAGAUCCCUCAGCGGUCUAAUCCUUAAAAACAACAUCCGCAUGCACGGCACCACUCUGCAACCGGAGAUUGUUGAGUAUAUCAAACACGAGUGCCUGCAGGCAGUGGGAGACUCAUCGCCGCUCAUCCGUGCCACCGUGGGCAUCCUAAUCACCACCAUCGCCAGCAAUGGCGGUCUGCACAACUGGCCGCAGCUGCUUCCAUCUCUUUGCGAAAUGCUCGACCACCAGGACUACAAUGUGUGCGAGGGAGCCUUCAGUGCCCUGCAGAAAAUUUGCGAGGAUUCCGCCGAGAUUUUAGACUCUGCAGCGCUCAACAGACCGCUGAACAUAAUGAUUCCAAAAUUCCUGGAGUACUUCAAGCACAACAGUCCAAAGAUCCGCUCCCACGCCAUUGCCUGCAUCAACCAGUUCAUCAUAAACAGAUCACAGGCCCUGAUGCUAAACAUAGACAGCUUCAUUGAGAACCUCUUUCACCUGUCCUCAGAUGAGGAUCAUGAGGUGCGAAAAAACGUGUGCCACGGAUUGGUUAUGCUGCUGGAGGUGCGAAUGGACCGUCUGAUGCCGCACAUGUCCCAGAUUAUUGAGUAUAUGCUGUUGCGCACCCAGGACACCGAUGAGGGUGUGGCCCUGGAAGCAUCCGAGUUCUGGCUAUCCCUGGCCGAGCAAAGCAUCUGCAAGGACGUGCUUGCCCCUUACCUAUCUCAAUUAGCCCCAGUUCUUGUGCGAGGCAUGCGGUACUCAGAGGUCGACAUAAUUCUUCUCAAGGGAAACGUUGAAGAGGAUGACAUGGUGCCCGAUCGAGAAGAGGAUAUCCGGCCGCGUUUCCACAAGUCCCGUGCACACACAAUCAGGAGUACACAAGAGGGUGGAGCUGGAGCGGCAGGUGAUGAUGACGACGACGAAUUUGAAGAUGGAAUGGACGACGAUAGCUCGCUAUCAGAAUGGAACUUGCGCAAGUGCAGCGCAGCUGCUCUCGAUGUAUUGGCAAAUGUUUUCCGUGAGGAUUGUCUACCCGUCGUACUGCCCAUCCUAAAGGAGACGUUAUUCCACCAGGAAUGGGUGAUCAAAGAGAGUGGUGUGCUGGCCUUGGGAGCUAUCGCCGAGGGCUGCAUGCAGGGCAUGAUCCAACACCUGCCAGAGCUGAUUCCCUACCUAAUUAGCUGUCUGUCCGACAAGAAGGCACUGGUGCGCUCCAUUACAUGCUGGACGCUCUCGCGAUACGCCAACUGGGUUGUCAACCAGCCGCACGACCAGUACUUGAAGCCGCUCAUGGAAGAGCUGCUGAAGCGCAUCCUGGACUCGAAUAAGCGCGUUCAGGAAGCUGCAUGCUCCGCCUUUGCCACUCUGGAGGAGGAGGCCUGCACGGAACUGGUGCCCUACCUGGAGUAUAUUCUAAAGACGCUCGUCUUUGCGUUCUCCAAGUACCAGCACAAGAAUCUACUCAUACUGUACGAUGCCGUGGGUACUUUGGCAGACUCCGUCGGUCAUCAUCUGAAUAAACCGCAAUACAUUGACAUCCUAAUGCCUCCGCUAAUUGAUAAGUGGAAUCUGCUGAAGGACGACGACAAGGAUCUGUUCCCUUUGUUGGAGUGCCUGUCGAGCAUCGCCACUGCCUUGCAGUCCGGCUUUUUGCCCUACUGCGACCCGGUGUAUCGCAGGUGCAUCUCCCUCAUUGAGCAAACUAUCAACCAGGAAAUGCUGUGUAAACAAAACCAAACGUACGACCAUCCCGACAAGGAGCGCAUGAUUGUCGCCCUAGAUUUGCUGUCUGGCCUAGCCGAGGGUUUGGACCGACAUAUCGAGACACUGGUGGCCAACAGCAACAUUAUGCACCUACUCUAUCAGUGCAUGCAGGACGUUCUGCCCGAGGUACGCCAAUCUUCGUUUGCCCUGCUGGGUGAUUUGACUAAAGCCUGUUUCCCCCACGUGCAUCCGUUCAUGGCUGAGUUCUUUCCCAUCCUGGGACAAAACCUUAACCCGGACUUUAUUUCGGUGUGCAAUAAUGCCACUUGGGCCAUUGGCGAAAUCUGCAUGAAAUUGGGUGAGGAGACUAAGCAGUACAUACGCCUUGUACUCAGCGACCUUUUCAUCAUUAUCAACCGUCCGAACACGCCCAAGACACUGCUGGAGAACACAGCAAUAACAAUCGGUCGUCUAGGUUAUGUGUGCCCAGUUGAAGUGGCUCCUUAUUUGCCCGAAUUUGUACGACAGUGGUGCACAUCAUUGCGGCACAUACGAGACAAUGAUGAGAAGGACUCAGCCUUCCGUGGAAUGUGUCAUAUGAUCACGGUGAAUCCAGCUGGCGUGGUCGCAGACUUCAUAUUCUUCUGCGAUGCCAUCGCCUCGUGGGUUAACCCACCGCAGGAUCUGCAUCAGAUGAUACAAAAGAUUCUGCACGGUUUUAAAACCCAAGUGGGCGAAGAAAACUGGCGUCGAUUUGUGGAGCAAUUCCCGCCAACACUGGCCGAGCGCCUGGCCACAAUGUAUAACAUCUAAGGCUAGCCAUGCCAUAAAACACCCACCUUCACCCACUAGCGAGCCAAGCAGCAACUUCUUAACUAGACAAUUAUGUACAAGUAUGCGUAAUAAGCGUGUCGUCUUUAUCUUUAGCCUCCUUAAGUUAUCUGAUUCGAUGCAGUUCGAAUUUUAAGUUAACAUUGAAAAUCUAAGCUUAUAGAAACCGAAAAAAACAGCAAAUCCACAUAAAAGCAACUAGAUUUAAAACCACAAACAUAUAUCGAAAAAUCUAAUACAAAAGAAUCACAUAUAUUCGAAAUCAAGCUAGAGGAUCUUUGAUCUGUAGAACCUCUUUAGGCACUCGUCUGUCCGCUUACAGCAUAUAAAAUGCCAUUCUAAUGCAGACAACUCAGUAGGAACUACUAAUAAAUUAUGUGUUCCGGCCGUACUUAACCGGAGACAGUGCUAUAGCAGACAUGCCCCAACCUCCAAUACACUCAGCCCCAAAACCCAAACCGAAAAUAGAGUUGAAUAUGUUAAACACACGGGUGUUUCUCAUAGGUAAUAGAAAAGCUAAAAAAGAAAGAAAUCGUCGAAACUAAAUGAUAUUGCGGGUUCUCGUCGCGGUAAAUAAUAGCUAACUAACUAAAUGAAAUCUUUGAAGGAUGAAAGUGUUGGGACUCCUGUGAAAUCUAAAGAUCAGAAAUGGCAAAAUGGAUUCAAUGGCAGUGCAAUGCAUUCGAAAAGCUUCAGCUAAAGAAAUUGUUACAAAUCAAACAAAGACUGAUGUUCAACUCCGUUCAAAAACCAUAGAAAGCAUUCAUCAACAGCAGAUUCGAAUUUCCCAGCUGCAUUCAACACUUUCAUCCUCUAUAUAAUAAAAAAUGGAAUCGAAAAAAAUCGUCGCGUUUCGGGUUCUAACGGUUUCGCGUUCGCGUAUUUUCGUCGCUCGUUCGUAAUCGUAAUCGUCGUUCGUGGUAUCUCGUCGGGUAAACAAAGAAAAAAAAAAUGGAAAAAAGGAUAUAAUACAAGGAUAACGAUAAUAUUGCAACUGUUA